AUGUAUUCAGUUGAAUGGCAAAAACGAGGAUUACCUCAUGCACACAUUUUGGUUUGGUUAAUCGACAAAAUACGUCCUGAAGAAAUCGAUAAUAUAAUUUUUGCGGAAAUUCCAGAGAAGUCUACUGAUACAUUACUGUUUGAUAUUGUUACGACAAACAUGAUACAUGGGCUAUGCGGUAAUCUGAAUAGUUCAUCGCCAUGCAUGGCCAACGGAAAAUGUACAAAGAGUUUUCCUAAAGAAUUCAGUAACGAUACAAACACAAAUAUCGACGGAUACCCAAUAUAUCGUCGAAGAAAUAUCGAUAACGGCGAGCAAUCUUUUAAAAAAAAUAUCAAAAACGUAGACAUUAACAUUGACAAUCGUUGGGUGGUGCCAUAUUCGUCUCUGCUGAGUAAAACAUUCAAUGCUCAUAUUAAUGUUGAGUUCUGCAGUUCAGUGAAGAGCAUCAAAUACAUUUGUAAGUAUGUGAAUAAAGGAAGCGAUAUGGCUGUAUUUCGUGUUGAAAAUACCAAUGUGAAUGCUCCUCCGGUGAAUAACAACGAUGAAAUAACUCUCUACCAAAUUAGCCGGUACAUUAGUUCCAAUGAGGCUGUUUGGCGUAUCUUUAGUUUUCCAAUUCAUGAAUGGGAUCCAGCAGUUAUUCAUUUAGCCAUCCAUCUCGAAAAUGGCCAGCGCGUAAUUUUCACGACCGACACAGCGAUUGAUCGUGCUAUAAAUCCACCAAAAACUAUACUCACCGAAUUUUUCGAAUUGUGUAAUCGUGUGGAAGCUUUUGGUACCUUUGCACGAACGCUACUAUAUUCAGAAGUACUGCGCUAUUUUACAUGA